AUGCAGGCCUACUCACAACUGGAGAAGCUUUGUCAGAAGGUGUACAGAUUGGAACACCUUCUGUCUCUCGGCGCUUGGGAUGCCAAGACCAUGAUGCCCUCAAAGGGCGCUGCUGCUCGCGGCGCCGCCUUGGGUGAGCUCUACGGACUCAUCGCUGAGAUGAUCACCAGCCCGAGCACGAAGACGCUGCUGGACGAAGCUGAGACGGCCAAGGCCGAGCUCACUACCGUCCAGCAGGCGAACUUGCGCGAGCUCCGUCGCAUGUACACCUCUCAAGCAGCGCUGCCGACCGAGUUCAGUGUGCUCAAGGCAAAGCUUUCGUCAACGACUCCGCUUAUCUGGGCUAAAUGCCGCAGCAACAACGACUUUGUGACUUUCCUGCCGGCGCUGAAGGAGAUGAUUGCGCUUGCGCGCAGGGAGGCGCAGUAUCGCUCCACUGCGACGGGCAAGCCUCUGUACGAGGCCCUCUUCAACCAGUACGAGAGCGGGAUGACGCUGGAGACACUGGAAAAAAAUUUGCUCGACGUGAAGUCGUGGCUGCCAGAGCUGCUGCAGAAGAUCCUGGCUGCACAGAAGGACGCGGGGCGGGAGGCGGUUGCGCCUGAGGCGCCCUUUCCCAAGGAUAAGCAGGAGGCUCUUAGCCGCCAUCUCAUGAAGGUGUGGGGCUUCGACUUCGAGUCAGGUCGGCUGGACGUCUCCGAGCACCCGUUUAUGGGCAUGGUAAAGGAAGACUCGCGCAUCACUACCGCCUACGACCUGCAGGACUUCACCAAGGGGCUCUUCGCGACGAUCCACGAGACGGGCCACUCCAAGUACGAGACGAACUGCGGCCCGAUGGAGAUGCGCGGCCAGCCGGUGUGCGAGGCACGCUCGAUGACGAUCCACGAGAGCCAGUCGCGCUUUGCCGAGGUUGUGAUUGGCCACUCCAGCGCCUUCUUGGAGUUCCUGGUUCCAUUGCUGAAGGAAUACCUCGGUGAUCAGCCCACGCUCUCUCUGGAGAACGUGCGGCUGAUGAACCAGACGGUGAAGCCUGGCUUCAUCCGGAUCCGGGCGGACGAGGUGUGCUACCCGCUGCACAUCUUGCUGCGCUACGAGAUAGAGCGUGCACUAAUCGAGGGCACGAUGGAGGCGGAGGACAUCCCUCGCGUGUGGAACGAGAAGAUGAAGGCAUACCUGGGCCUGGAGACGGAGGGCCGUGACGAGAUUGGCUGCCUGCAGGACAUUCAUUGGCCGAUGGGCGCGUUUGGCUACUUCCCGACGUACUCGCUUGGCUCCAUGUUCGCGGUGCAGCUGAUGGCGACGAUCAAGAAGGAGCUUGGUGAGGACACAGUGGACAAGUGCAUCCGCACUGGUCAGAUGGAGCCGAUCUUUCAGAAGCAGAGGGAGAAGAUCUGGAGUCAGGGAUGUCUCUACAACACAGAGGACCUGAUUGUCAAGGCGACCGGCGAAACACUGAACCCCAAGCACUUUCGCGAGUACCUGGAGCGCCGCUACCUGCGCCAGGAGGACUGA